AUGGGUUGGAACGUCUUCCGAUACUUGGGAGAUAUCUCCCACAUGCUCUCCAAGAUCAUCUUGAUCCUAGCCAUCCACCGCAAUCGAUCAUCGGAAGGAGUCAGCUUGAUCACCCAAGGACUCUAUGCCGUCGUCUUCUGUACCCGAUACCUUGACCUCUUCAACCCCAUGAAGGACCAUCCCGCGUGGAACGUGGUCUUCAAGACGGUUUACAUCCUCUCGUCCUUCUACACAAUUGGAAUCAUGCAGUGGAUGUUCCCUCGAUCGCGCGAGAGGGAGUUUGCUUGGAAGAUGGGCGCCGUUGUCGCAGCUGGAUCACUCCUGCUCUCCCCAUUCGCCAUGCUCAUCUUCGAGAACAAGCAGAGGUGGUCAUUCAUUAACUGGCUCUGGGUCUUCUCCGAGAUCCUCGAAUCCGUUUGCGUGCUUCCCCAGCUUCUACUCCUCCGCCAGACGACCGUCCCUACAGUCAUCAACAGCUUCUACCUCGUGACUCUCGGUUCAUACCGCGGCUUCUACUGCAUCAAUUGGAUAUGGCGCUACUUCGACAAGAACGACCCGGGCGCCCCUCUCGUGUCUGUCAUCUUUGGAAUCAUCCAGACAGCGCUGUACAUUGACUUCGCCUGGGUAUACUACACCCGCCAGCGCGUCAAGCUCAGGGGCGGCGGCAUUGUCGACGCCGACGAUCUUCGCAGGAGUUGGCUUCUUCGCCGCAUCUUUGGCAAGAACGUCACCACAUCGAUCGACGACGAUGACGAGGAGAGCGGCCCUGCCCUGGGAGGCGAAGGUGGCGUCCGUGGCGGCAGCCGGCCCAAGUGGGGAUCCAGGGGCAUCUCCAUCAGCGCCGAUGACGACGUCCUGGACUCGGAGCGGGAGCACCUGGCGCAGUCCGAUGGUGUCACCGACUCCAUCGAUCCGGAUGCCAAGAUGCAGGAUCCCGACGAGCUAGCCAAGGCGCUCGACGAUGAGGAGGAGGAAGAGGCUGGACCUGCCAGCCGCCCCAACAAUGGCAACGCCAGCGGAGUCCGCAAUGACGAGUGGGACGAUUAG